UAUCGUUAAUCGCUAUCGGAAGUUGCUUGCCCUGCGAAUGGAAGAGGAAAGAUACUUAUAGAAGAAGAGUUAUGAAAACAGAAUGUUGAAGAACAUUUUAAAUACAUCCAGGCAGGUGCUUUAUCCUGUAGCUAGGACGUUUAGUCGCAGCAGCAUUCAGGGCAAUGCCGAUGCCGAAUCUCCAACGGCAGUGUCCGCUCCACUGGCGACAAAGUUCCCAUUGAUUCUGACACAAGAUUUUUCGGAUUACUUGCCGGCAAGUAGAAGCACGGCUCGUCAAGCGUGGAUCGAGAAUACGGAUGCUGUGGCGGAGCGGAAGGUCGGGCUAAUAGAACUGCACCCAGAUAUUUUUGCCGCCCAGCCAAGGGUGGACAUUAUUCAGGAAAAUGUGGAGUGGCAGCGUAAGUAUCGUUAUGUAAGCAUGGCGCACACAAAAACCCGGGCGGAGGUGCGCGGUGGCGGUCGUAAACCAUGGCCACAAAAGGGAGGAGGUCGUUCCCGACAUGGUUCCCUACGAUCUCCCAUGCUCAAGGGCGGUGGAGUGGUUCACGGCCCCAGGUCACCCACAACCCACUUCUACAUGCUGCCAUUCUAUAAAAGGGUACUGGGACUGACAUCCACACUUAGUGUCAAGCUGGCUCAAGACGAUCUGCACAUCAUCGAGAACGUGGACAUACCCACUGGAGACGCAGAGUUCCUCAAGGAUUUGAUUGCUGAACGAAACUGGGGACCAUCUGUCCUAAUUGUGGACGAAGACCACAUGUUUCCUGCCAAUAUCUGUCAGGCCAGCGAUGAUCUGGGUUAUGUCAACCUGAUGCCAUCAUUUGGUCUGAAUGUAUAUUCCAUGCUUAAACACGACACACUGGUGCUAACAGUGGCUGCAGUGAAACAUCUGGAGCAGCGGUUGCUUUACCAACUCCAUCGCAAUGAUGCCGCCAGUAAGGGUGGAAAGUUCAAGCUGGAUCAAGUCUAGACGUUAAGAGUGCUAAAUCCUUUUGUUUUUCUGUAAUCUUUAUAAAUGCCAGAUAAUGCAUUGUAAAAAAGAUAAAAUUUUGGAAUUCAUCG